UCAACACGCAACGUAGUCAACACUGUAAAUGUUUUGUUUACUAUUAUUGGAUAUUUAUUGAAAGAAGUUAAACUUUGUCAAUUAAUGAAUCCUUUCGAUUAAUGACAUGGAUAAUAGUGGAGGCAUCAUAAAUAUAGAAGAUUUAUAUCACGCAUGUCGCGUUUGUUUCAAAAAAGGUGUCAUUAAUAUACUGGAUUCUAGUUUAACAAUGACCAAUGAUAAUCCAGAAAUGGAGAACUCACCCACUGUUGGAACAUCUAAUUGCGAAAAUGUUUUAGAUUUAAUAGAUAUAUUUAGCAAUGCGAUGGAUAUAAUGGAGUUAACGGAUGUAUUUUCUUUUUUAUGUGAGCAGUGCCUGGAAAGUCUCAAAUUUUGUCAUACCUUUUAUGAGAAACUUAAGGAUAGCAAUGUUAUGUUGAAACAACUCUACAAUGAAAAUCUCAAUGCUUGUGUGGAAGAGGAGCAUUUAAUCGAAGAAUCAGAAAAUGAAAUCGAAGAAGAAGAAUUAAAUUUUGACAAUAUUAUAGUACCAAUAGGCAAUCAGGAUAUUCGGCACAAUGAAGUCGAAUUAACAAUAGAAGAAGAAACACCUGCAGCAUUAAAAUCCAUUGUUGGUAAUACCCCUGUACAUAGAACAUUUGAUGAAAAUUCUUCGCUGGUGGUAACACAGCUGGUCACCUCCGCGUUAGAGAGUGUGCGCAGCAAUGAACAGGAGUAUUUAGAAUUUAAUCCUAUACCCAACCUACUAACGGUCGAUUGUAAAGCUGUCGAAGUAAAGGGUUUAAAGCAAUUGGAAUCUUUAAGGAAUCCUUCUAGUAUGGAUAGCCCAAGCGCAUCCACAACGUCUCCUAUAUACAUGUGCCAAUAUUGCCCUCAAGCAUUUACCAAAGCCGAUUUUCUCAAAACGCAUGUUUUAAAAACCCAUAUUUGUAAUUUUUGCACACAGCCUUUUAAAUUGGCGAAUGAUCUCUACCGACACAUAAGGCAAUCGCACACAGAACAUCGCUGUGUAGUUUGUCAAAAGAUUUUUAGUUCGACUACAAAUUUGAGGCACCAUAUCAAACGAGUGCACCAUAUACAUUUGCCACCUAAGAUGACUUUGCUGGACUUUGUAGAAACAGUGCAAGACGAACGAGAUGUCGCAGUCGACUACUCGCCGGAAACCUAUGACAGCAGUAUUUAUUUUUCAAAUGAAGAUAAUUUCCAGUAGUUUUGUGUUAAUUAUAGUUUAAAACUUUUUUUAUUAUUUUGAGAUAAUAUAUAUACAUUACCAAAAUUCUAAAGCAUUUUUGGUGACUUCGCAGCCUUUUUCGUAUGAUUUUCCACCUUCCAGAUACAUUGGCGUAAAUUCUCGAUAGGCCACACAAACUCUUCUCUGGUCAAUGUCUUCGCGCAAAACAGAAUGCUCAAAUUGAUAUCGAGCUGCACCAUAUAAAACAAUUAAAGAUAGGCUAUAAGGAAAACCAAAAAUGCCAUAUAAUAAAAAUUUAAAUAUAUAAUCA